AUGAAGCAAACGGUGGUCCUCCAGGUUACCAUGGAUUGGCAGAGGUGUUGUUUCCGCAUUAUGAAAGGCGACCAUGCUCGCAAAAAAGCCAUGAGGAUUGCAGUUGGCCUUUCAGGAGUGGAAUCAGCAACUAUAAAAGGGCAAGACAAGGACCAAAUAGAGGUAAAAGGCGAGGGGAUCGAUACCGUUAAACUUGCAACGUUACUAAGGAAGAAAGUAGGGCAUGCAAGCAUAGUAAGCGUUGCAGAAGAGAAGAAAGAAGAAAAGGAAGAUGAGAAAAAAGAUGAACUGAAGAUACAGUACAUGGUUGGGCCUCCUAGUUAUGGUUUGCCUCCAUACACAUACUAUGAGAUUCCCAGAUAUGACACACCUUCUUGCUCCAUAAUGUAA